AUGUCUUCAGUGAAGCUCAUAGUUGGUGUCGAAGGAGGAGGAACAUCUUUCAAAGUUGCCAUUGGAACCAAUGUCCAUGAUGCCAUGAAUCAUGUCGUGGUUGUUGAAACCAAGUCUGUGGAAGAAACCAUGCAACCAAUCAAAGAAUUCCUUGAGAGAAAAUCUAAAGAGCUUGGUGGAGAAAUUGCUCGGAUUGGUAUCGCAAAUUUUGGUCCAAUUGAUGUCAAGGCUGGUUGUAUUUUACCUUCCACUCCAAAAGUUUCAUGGCGAGGUUUCAAUAUUGUCGAUUACUUCAAAAAAGCAUUUCCCAAUGUUGAGAGCAUUCAUUUUGACACUGAUGUGAAUGGACCUGCCAUGGCAGAAUAUCAGCAAAUGAUUAGUGGAAAUACUGCAUAUGUGAAAUCAUUGGCCUAUGUUACCAUAGGUACUGGAAUUGGAGUUGGCCUAGUUGUGAAUGGAUCUACUGUGAGUGGAUUAAUGCAUCCAGAAGGUGGACAUAUUUAUACUCCAGUUCACCCCACAGACAUGCAAAACGGUUUUCAAGGUUUUUGCACAUUUCACAAACAAUGUUUGGAAGGAAUGGCAGCAUCACCUGCAAUUGUAAUGAGAAAGAACAUUUCGAUUCAUGACGUGAAAGAUCUUUCUGAUGACGAUGAAGUUUGGGAUAUUGAAGCUCAUUAUUUGGCUCAUUUGUGUACUUCAUUAAUUCUCAUUUCUUCAUGCCAAGUUAUUGUACUAGGAGGUGGAAUUAUGAAUAGAAAGAUACUCUUCGACAAGAUACGCGAGAAAACUGUCCAAUUACUGAAUGGAUAUCAUGUGAUGGUCAACAAUGAAAGUAUUAGAGGCAUCAUCAAGCCUUCACUAUUCGGAGAACAUGCUGGCAUUAAAGGUGCCUUGUACUUGGCUACCCAAUAA